AUGCGCUCUCUUGAUUCUGAACCUGUCUACUUAGUGUGGGAUAGGAUCGACCGGGACCGGGUCGUGUUGGAGGUGGUGUUGAAGAUUGUGUUGAAGGUCGUGUUGAAGAUUGUGUUGAAGGUCGUGUUGAAGAUUGUGCUGAAGGUCGUGUUGAAGAUUGUGUUGAAGGUCGUGUUGAAGGUCGUGUUGAAGAUUGUGUUGAAGGUGGUGUUGGACGUUUAUACGCGUUCUGACUCCCAGACGGGUUCUGACUCUCAGACGCGUUCUGACUCCCAGACGAGUUCUGACUCCCAGACGGGUUCUGACUCUCAGACGGGUUCUGACUCUCAGACGGGUUCUGACUCUCAGACGCGUUCUGACUCUCAGACGAGUUCUGACUCCCAGACGAGUUCUGACUCUCAGACGGGUUCUGACUCUCAUACGAGUUCUGACUCUCAGACGGGUUCUGACUCCCAGACGGGUUCUGACUCUCAGACGGGUUCUGACUCUCAGACGGGUUCUGACUCUCAGACGCGUUCUGACUCUCAGACGGGUUCUGACUCUCAGACGAGUUCUGACUCUCAGACGCGUUCUGACUCCCAGACGGGUUCUGACUCUCAGACGCGUUCUGACUCUCAGACGGGUUCUGACUCUCAGACGGGUUCUGACUCUCAGACGGGUUCUGACUCUCAGACGCGUUCUGACUCUCAGACGGGUUCUGACUCUCAGACGGGUUCUGACUCUCAGACGGGUUCUGACUCCCAGACGAGUUCUGACUCUCAGACGGGUUCUGACUCCCAGACGAGUUCUGACUCUCAGACGGGUUCUGACUCUCAGACGGGUUCUGACUCCCAGACGGGUUCUGACUCUCAGACGCGUUCUGACUCUCAGACGGGUUCUGACUCCCAGACGAGUUCUGACUCUCAGACGGGUUCUGACUCCCAGACGAGUUCUGACUCUCAGACGGGUUCUGACUCUCAGACGCGUUCUGACUCCCAGACGCGUUCUGACUCUCAGACGCGUUCUGACUCUCAGACGGGUUCUGACUCUCAGACGGGUUCUGACUCCCAGACGGGUUCUGACUCUCAGACGGGUUCUGACUCCCAGACGAGUUCUGACUCCCAGACGGGUUCUGACUCUCAGACGGGUUCUGACUCCCAGACGAGUUCUGACUCUCAGACGGGUUCUGACUCUCAGACGGGUUCUGACUCAGACGGGUUCUGA